AUGACGUGGUGUUUUCGUCUUUUUAUUUUGAUCAGUUUUACGUUCAUUUUGGUCAACAGCGGCAGGAUUAAACGCCAAGGAGGAGGAGGUGGUGGUGGAGGUGGAGGUGGUGGUGGUGGUAGUGGUGGAAGGGUAAAAUACAAACAGUUUCAUGGUGGUGGUUCAAGUUUCGGAGGUACAAGUGGAUAUGGAGGAAGCUUAAGUGGAGGAGUCAUUGCAGGCAUAGUUGUCGGCGUGGUCCUACUAACACUUUUGGUUGGAUGCUAUUUGUUAUUAAGUUGUUUAGACCUAACUCCAUGUCAGAAAGGUCGACCAUUACGUUCAAGCCGUUCUUACAUUAAUGGUGGAACUGCUUGGGAAUAUGAUAUAAGUAAUUCUAUCUUUAUACCAGCUACAUUUGCAAGUUACUAUUAUCAAUAUGGCAUGAAUCAUGGACCAUUUAAUAUGAAUCUUGGAUUCUAUCCCGAAGCUGGUUAUAGUGUUCAUGGAGGAGGAAAUGAUGAUGUUGGUACUUAUAUUAUAACAGGUAUUUAUUCACCAAGCACUCUUCGAAUGAGUUUGAAAAAACACUAUCAAAUUGGAACAGGAAAUCCACGAGAAAAUUUAGGACAUCAAGUAAAAAUUCAAGUCGAAUGGAAUCAUAAUAAUCGACAGUUUGAAGGGAAAUAUUAUGUUCGAACAAGAUUACAUAAAGAUGAAAAUAUAUUUAUAAUUCGAUAUGAAGGUACUACAUUUUAA